AAAAAAAGAAAGCCAUUUGCCCCCACUCUCCCUGUAUAACCUUGUACCCAUCCCCAAAGAUUCCCCUCUCCUCCAUCCUUGUGACUCUCUCCUCUCCAUCUCCAAGACUCCCAAGUGCUCUUGUGGUGGCUGUCCCCUACCUCUCUCUCUCUCUCUGCAUUAGUGCACUGCAGAAGUGAAGUGAAGUGGAGUAACUCCACUGCUCUGCUCUGUGCCUGAAUCUCUGACAACUGCACGCUUCUUGCAUUGCAUUUGCAUUGCAUCAAGAAAAUGGCGAUGGGGUGGUUGCCGAGAUCUGCCACCGCCGUUCUUGUGCUCUUCUUGGUCUUAUGGAGAGAUUGGGGGGUGGAGGCGGCGACGUUCACGUUCGUCAACCGGUGCACGGACACGGUGUGGCCGGGCGUGCUGUCGAACGCCGGGAGCGCGCGGCUGGCCACCACGGGGUUCGAGCUCCCGCCGGGCGUGGCGCGGGCGGUGCCGGCGCCGGCGGGGUGGUCGGGGAGGAUGUGGGCGCGCACGGGGUGCGCCGUCGUCCAGGACGGCGGCGCGGGUGGGGGCCGGAUGGUGUGCGCCACCGGCGACUGCGGCUCGGGCGGCGCCGAGUGCAACGGCGCGGGCGCCGCGCCGCCCGCGACGCUGGCCGAGUUCACGCUCGACGGCAGCGGCGGGCUCGACUUCUACGACGUCAGCCUCGUCGACGGCUACAACCUGCCGGUGCUGGUGGAGCCAUCGUCCUCCGGAGGAGGCGGUGGUGGCGGCGGGUCUCUGACGUCGGCGGCGACGUGCGCGGCGGCGGGGUGCGCGGCGGACCUGAACGCGAUGUGCCCCGCGGAGCUCCGGGCGGGCGGCGGCGCGGCGUGCCGGAGCGCGUGCGACGCGUUCGGGCGGCCGGAGUUCUGCUGCAGCGGCGCGUUCGCGAACCCGUCGACGUGCCGGCCGACGGCGUACUCGCAGGUGUUCAAGUCGGCGUGCCCCCGCUCCUACAGCUACGCCUUCGACGACCCCACCUCCACCUUCACCUGCUCCGGCGGCCCCGACUACACCCUCACCUUCUGCCCCGCCUCCUCCCCAAGCGGCAGCCAGAAGUCGACGACGGCGACGCCGACGCCGGCGGCGAUGAUGCCGGGGACGGGGACGCCGACGACGCCAACGACGGCGACGGCGAUGCCUGGGGCGACGAUGCCCGGGACGGCGACGGCGACGACGAUGCCGGGGACGACGUUCACGGACGCCGUCCCGGACACCAGCAUGCCGAUGCCGAUGGGCGGCGACGCCGGCGGCGGCGGCGAAGAGGGCGUGGUGCUGAGCGGCAGCGAGACGUGGAUCGCCAACAUGGCCACCGGCGAGCUGACGGCGGCGGCGUCCCUGUCCCGGCCGUCGCCCGCCGCGGCGCUGGCGCUGUUCUUGGUCCACGCCCUGCGGCUGCUCGUGCUCCGGUGAUGCCCGGCGGCCAUGUCGGCGCCAUUGUAGUAGUAACAAAAACAUUUUAGUCAUGAGACGAUGUGUUGACUAGUGUGAGUGGGGGUAUUUUUGAUGAGCUUUGUUGUUGUACUGUAGGGGGUAGUGGUAGACUGUAUCGGUUGUACGCUGUAGAUUGUUGAUUAAUUACUUGAUUAAUUAGGAUGUUAGUUAAUUGCAGGUU